UCAUCGCGCUGUUUCAUAAACAUGAACGAAAGGUCAAUACCUGUUUGACAAAGUAUGAUAUAUUCAUUAUUUAUUUUUUUCCAUUGUAGGAGAAUAUAAAGAAGUAACAAGAAAAAGUUGUUAGAAGAAUAAUGAAUAAAAUGGAGUGCCCCAUAGCACCUACGUUAAAUGUUCUUGACCCGGAUGAUAAGCUAAUGAAGAAAUUUCAAACAACACUUCAUACACAUCUAUCGCGUAUUAACAAUAAGCUAUCUGAAGAAAUACUAAAUCUUGAAGCAUCAUUAAAACAAGCUGAGAAAGAGUUGAAAUCAGAAGGUAUACAACUUUAUCAGACUCAACAAGAAGUUGAACGUCAGCAUGUAACCAUAAAACAAUAUAAAGAAGCACUAACAAAAAUUACACUAUUGAAGAAAAAAAGAAGUUGUAAUAUAGAAGAUGCUAAAAAAACUUUAGAUGAAAAUAAUGUUAAAUUAAAAGAGGAGCAAAAUAAGAAAGAAAAACUUUCUCAAGAAUUAAAAAAUUUAUUGGCUUUUCAUAAUUGCUUGUCUAAAUGGGAAAAGGAUUUAAAUGAUUAUCUCAUUGUAUCUAAACAAAUGUCGUUACAAGAUGCUAAUAAAAAUAGGAUGUUAAUUAACGAAAAACAACAAAGAGAUUUUAUUUUACAUAAAUUAAAAGAAGAAGUACGGAAAAUUGAAGAAGAAAUAGCAUAUCUAGAUGAGCAAUUACAAAUUAAAAAUAAGGAAAAGGAAGAUGCUAAUAAAAUGAUAAUUUAUACGAAUACAGAUCUAGAAACUCUACACAGAAAACACAAAGACUUACAUAAUAUAUGGAAGUCUGUAGUAAAUAAUAUUUGGAAACGAAAUGAUGUUUAUGAUCAACUACAUAUUGAACAGGAAGAAGCACAUAAAUCAUAUAAUCUAUUAUUAACAGAAAUUCAAAAAAUUAAAAAAGAAACUGAAAAAGAAAUGGAAGUUAAUGAACAUUUAACAUCUUUAUCGUUUCGUUUACAAAAUAAUAUUAAAACUGCAUCAAAUGUAACAUUAAUGUAUAAUGAAAAAAUUACGAACAUUGAAUCUCAAUUAAUAAAUCUCGCAAAAAUUAAUGAACAAACACAGUAUGAUUACAAUGUUAUUUUUACUAAAUACCAAAAAUGUUUACACGAAGAAGAACAAAUAAAUCGAAAGUUGGAAACAAUUUUUGAAAAGAAAAAAUAUUUGGAAGACACAAUAUGUGAAAAAUUAGAAGAAAAGAUUAUAAGCAAUAAAACAGCAAAAUAUGUAACUGAAUUAUUAAUAAAUACAAAAAAUUCUGUAUUAAAUUAUGAAAUAUCAGUUGCUCAUAUAGAAAAUACAUACGGAAAUAAUUUGUUAGAAUUAGAAAAACUUUCAAACUUUGUUCAAAAUGAGAAAACUGAGUUACAUGAACUAUUACAAAAUAAUGUUGACAAAGAAAAACAAAUAGACAAAUUAGAAAAAGAGAUAAGAAAAUACGAAUUUACGGUUGAAAGAAAACAAACAAAACUUCUUGAAAUAAAUAAACUUAUCGAUGAGAUUGUACCAAAUAUUGGUGGUGAAGAGUUAAGCCCACAAGAUUUAAAAAUUAAUAGUUUGGAAAAAAAUAUUCAAGAAAUUGAACAAAAUAUUCAAAAAGCGCAACAGUUUUGGAUCCGUCAACAAGGUUUUAUCGUUUCAUUAAGCCAACAGAGAGAAUCACAGUUACGUGAAUUAAACGUUCUUGAAAAAGAAAUUAUGAUAAUGAGACAGAAAAACCUGAAAUUAAACUAUGCUCUAGAAAUGCUAGUAAAAAAAGAAACAAGUACAAAUAAAGCUAUAGCUUUUCUUGAUAAAAAACUAUCAUUUAUGAAUGCUAAUUUGACGAUACAAAAAGAUUUAAAAAAAGCGUUAGAAAAUAAAAAUUGCAGGGUAACAAAUGAGUCUAUCUUAUCCUUUCAAGAAUUUGAAUUAGAACUCGUAAAAUUACAAAGCGACUUAAGUAAUUUAGAUAGUGAAAAAAAUAUGUUAAAGGAAGAAUUGAAGUGUGCACAACAAGAAAGUUUAUCAUGGAAAAAGAAAGUGCUGUUAAUACAAGAAACAAUACAAAAUGUGAAACAAGAACACAGUACUGGUGAUAUAGCAUUAAUGAAAAGUGAAAUUCAUAAAAUGGAAACAAGGCUCUCUUAUUUGAAAAAAAUUCAGGAAAAAUUAAUCCACGAUAUGGAUCUGUGUGUUACAAGAAGAGAUAUUAUGAUUAAUAAAGUUCUUAGUAAACUUAAUAGAAAUCCAAAAGAAAAACACAAUAAGAAGGUUGUAAUGUGUAAACGUUUAUCUGGUCAGCAAGCAAAAAUUAAACAGCUUUUAAAAGUUACAAAGCAAAUUAAUAAUAUGGUAGAAAAAUUAAACAGCCAAAUAAAAAACACUCAAAGCAAAAUAGUCAAUUGUCAGGAACUUUUACAAAAUUUAAAAGAACCCCUUUCUAACAUAGAGAAUGAAAUUGAACAAUUGGAAAAGAUAAAAUAUCACAAUUUGCAUAGUUUGGUUCUUAAACAAAGAAAAGCGAGACAAUUACAUGAUAUAAAAAAUGGCACUUAUAGAAUGAUUUAUAAAGGUGAAUGUAUAAUUGAAGAAAACUUGCAAAAAGAACAUAGUUAUAGAGAAUAUCUAAAAUAUGUCUUACAAAAAACUGAUAAUGAUUUUCCAAUGAUGAAAGAUAAUAUGAGGAAGAUAUUAUUAACUCUGCAAGUCUUUGAGGAAUUCUAUGAAUAUAUAAGAUAAGAUACAUCUAUAACUUUUAUAUUAUCAUAUCGUGUACUUAGAACUGUGUAAGAAGAUUACACAGUGAUCCAUAAUACCUCUCACUGUUACAAAAAAUUAUUUUAUCAAGAUAUAUAUCUAUUUGUGUACAUUAUAUAAUUUACUUUAUUGUAUUCAGUAUUUCUUGAUAUGGUAAUUUCUAAAACGAAUUGAAAUUAUGAUAUAUACCUGGACACAGAAAACGUGAAAAUCAAAAAAUUGAAUACAGAAAAAUACAUGCAUUACAAAUAACGGUCAGUUAUUUAUGUCCGUUAUUAUUAUAUAUUCAAUAAAUAACUCGUCAAUUAAA